AUGUCCAGCCCGAGUUCCCAGCCCGAAAAUGCCAUACCCCCUGCACCCCUAGGUCAAGAGGCUCAACCCGCCGUCGGCGCUGUUCCAGAUGCAGCUUCGACUGUGCUGGUACCAGCGUCGAGCAGUGCGGAUGAGGUGUCCGGCCAGCCCCCGGUCUUUUCUCAGGUCAUCCAGUCUUCCUCCCGUACACAGCCCAUCCGCUCCAGGGAUGCGGACCAAGCCUCAUUCAAGGACGAUAUAAAGUCUCGCCGCCCCAGCCAGCAUGGCCCAAGGCAGCCUGGCCCUUCACUCUUGACACAAGCCCUGGCAUCUGCUCGUGGUAUCCCUCAAGGUCAGAAGCAGAGCAGCAAUAACAACACUCCGAGUAAUAAUAUCCCCUCCACUCACGACAACAGCGGCAGUAGCAGUGCUAGCAGUGGCCGGUCAUCUAGAUUUCAGUUAAACGGCCAUCUUCCUCCUCCCGAUCGCGAAACGGAAUCUACCACCUCGCAUAGCCACACCGCAGGUCGCCCAACGCCUACGAAGCAUGGAGAGCACCAAGCCUCCGUAGGUCGCGAUCCUUCCCUGUCCUCCUCAGCCAUGGCCACACCGGUCAUGGUCCCGGUAGCCUCUGUUGCGAUACCAACCCGAGACUCUACCUCUAUCCCACGCCAGUUCAACCCUUCCAAUCUGUCCCAAGCCAGAGAGAUGCUCAUGGAGCACCGAGAUUUCCUCGAUAGAGCCAGGGGCCGUGCCUCUACCUCUCUCGACCUCGACCGUUCGACUACCGAUAUACUCAAAUCUCGAGCCUUCUCCCUUUCUGCAAGUCCCGAAGAGGCCUCGACACCGACUAGGCCGUCUUACUUGUCCAAUGACCCACUCCGGUUGCCUCCCACCAAAGCACUCAAUAACUCAACUUUGGAUGUCGAUUCCCGCUUGUCGCAUCGAUCAUCUCUGGAAAGUAAGGUGACAGUCAGCCCUGAGAAAACCGGAAAGAUCUGGUCUAUUGGUUCAGGUGGCGGUGACGAGGAGGAUGGCUUGGUUGAACAGUCAGUUGCCGAGGCUAUGGCUGGAGUCGAGCCCAACGCCCGAAGUCGCAAAGCGAGUUACAGUCUACGAUUUUUCAAAGAAGGCCUUCCACCUGAGGACAAGCCGAGACGGAGGGAUACCAAGACGACACCUCGCGAUAAAUUAUCGCCAACCUCGGAGGAAGGCAUUCAGGAUGACUCAACAAUAGCCACGGUGACCCCGCCUGGCCAUCGCAUCGAAGAACCAUCUACAUCCCAGAGCAUGCGCAGUGGUUCCAGUUGGGUUUCCGACGACUACUUCAAUCUAGAGUCUACCGAUGCCGUCGCCCAGGUUGAAAAGAUUUCUGAGACACUCCGCUCGAGAUUGCGACCAGAGGGUCAUGAGGCCAAAUCUAAGCCGAUAUCGCCACCUAAGGAAGUGGGGCCGACUCCGGCUUCACAACCCGACGUUGUAGAGGGGCAACGGAGGUCAGCUGAUGACCAACAGGAGGGGAAACGCCCGUCUAGCAGCGGUAUAGCCGGUGCCGGCUCCAAAGCCCGCGAUAAACAUAAUGGUAUUGGCCACGAUGCCGAUGUCGAUGCUGAUGCUGAGGAUGCUGAUGAGUCUGGCGAGGAGAAAAUCUCGUCAGCCGUCUUUCUGCCCCACCAGGAGAUACAAGAUACCCGGACCGCUGCCCCAGAUCUGUCUGGAUCAGCCCAAGUACAACGACCAAGAUCCAUUUCACGCAGUAGUGCUCAUCCGUGGCUCGUGAAGGCUGAUGAACCUGAACCAGAACCAGAAGUGCAUGGCAAGGGGGAGACAAUCGCCGCCACUGACAAUUCCCGUUCCGAACAUCGUGACAGUCAUGCUUCGCCUGGCCAUGAGCUUCCGGAAAAGCCCACCGAGGCUGCCAAUGUAGUCGAACCUAUUUUGAAGAGCCAGAAAGCGCCAAAGCCCCAACCCACUGUGACACAUUACGAUGAUCAUGUCCAUCACCACCAACACCACCCUCGCCAGCCACUCGAAGCCAUUGAGCUAAUCCCUUACAAGCAUCAAGUGGGUGGUCAUACAACGAUUUGGCGCUUUUCCCGCAGAGCAGUAUGUAAGCAGCUCAACAAUAGGGAAAAUGAAUUUUACGAAACAAUUGAGCGGUAUCAUCGUGAUCUGCUUCCAUUUCUUCCUCGAUAUAUAGGUGUUUUGAAUGUGACGUUUCAGAAGCAACCGCGACGGAAAAGCACAGUCAGAAAAGAUGAAGCAUCCUUGGCCGGACGCAAGAAGGCUCUAGAUGAUAAUAAUGACGCAGAAAAGAUGCUGAAUGGGACUGAUCAUCUGGCUACCGACGUGCCCGGAAACGAAUUGACUGAUCCAGCGCCCACGAGAAUUGUCAGCCAGUCGCUAGCAAAUACCGCUUUGCAGAUUCCUACAGUCACAUUCGACGACAACAAGCAUAUUUUGCCAAGAAAUCUACUGCAGCCCACCCCGCCACCAGAGUUUUUUCGACGUCGCAGUACCUCGUCUGCGAAGAUAUAUCAAAGUAUAUCCAAGCCUCAGACGCCUCGGCCGCACUUGGAAGAACGACCCAACAGCUGGGGCGCAACAACAAUAAACAAACGCCUUCGGAACGAGGUCUUCAAUGACGCGUUUUUAAAAGAGCCUGUUGAAGUCCAAAAACACCGCCGCCCACACCAGCGUGCAAUACCCCGACCUACGAUGCAGCGGCUUCUCAGACCCACAACUUCUGACCCAAAUCUUGCUGCGUCCGAUAAGCAGAUUGAGCUCGAACAAAGACCUCCCAUCAAGGUUCAGCCACCCUCGCCGCAUAUCCAUCACAAUGGACAUACCCAGAGCGACCUUGGUGCCGAAACUGCAUCUCUUCCUGGACAAUCAGAGGAUGUGGGUGCUCCUACCAAGGACCUUACUGGAACUAGUGCCCCAGAACCCGAGAUUUUAAAAGCAACCCUCACCACAGGUAGGAGGAGACGGAGGUACUCAGCAGGCGGGCUUAGACGGCGACCAGAAGAUGUCCGGGAAUCCCGGGGCGAUCUCAAGUACUUCGAGGAAGCUGACGACGCAGAGUAUAAAACCCACAACGAGCGGCUAGCCGCCGAAAAGUCUGCAAAAGAUGCCGAGGCCAACGUCACUGGGCAUCAAGCCGCGUACGACGACGCACCAGUUCACGGUCCCGCCCUCAUUUCACCGCUGGAUUUGACUCACUCUGCAGUACCGUCUACAUUACCGUCUGCUCUUCCAAGUCCCACAGAUGAAUUCAAGAAAAUUCCCCGACCCAUCAACCCGAAGGAAGCCAAAACUCGUGGAAAUCGUGUAGAAUAUUUUCUCUUGAUGGAAGAUUUGACUGCUGGUAUGAAGCGACCGUGUAUGAUGGACCUCAAAAUGGGCACGCGCCAAUAUGGCGUAGAUGCAACUCCAAAGAAGCAAAAGUCGCAACAGGAGAAGUGCCGCACAACUACCUCUGCGGAGCUGGGUGUGCGUAUUUGUGGCCUUCAAGUCUGGAAUGCUAGGACACAGUCGUAUGAAUUCCAAGACAAGUACUUUGGCAGGAAGGUGAAGGCCGGGCCAGAGUUUCAAAAUGCCCUGCAGAAGUUCCUCUACAAUGGUGUCGACUUACAUAGUGUCCUCCGCCAUAUUCCCGUCAUUUUGAAGAAGCUUGCUCAACUCGAGCAAAUCAUUCAUGGCCUGAGGGGUUACCGAUUUUACGCCGCCAGCCUGCUCAUGUUUUAUGACGGCGACACGUCUGAGGAGGGAGGCUACGAAACAAUGUACGACUCAGCAACGGAUGUCGCAACAGAUACCGAAGAAACCACCCGCCGACGACGGAGAAAUCUCCGAGAAAUCGACUUCAAGAUGGCCGACUUUGCCAACAGCCUAACGCCCAUGGAUGAUAUACGGGACAAGGCCUGUCCCCCACGGCAUCCAAAUGAGCCGGAUUCGGGCUUCUUGAAGGGGCUGAGGAGCCUUCGACAGUACUUUUUGCAAAUACAAGCGGAUAUUCGAGCAGAACUGGACUUGGGGCCUCGCAGUGGCCGUGGAAAAAGUCAAUGGCUGUCUGGUCCGAUGGACGAUUUGCAGCUUGAUUUUGAAGACGAUUUGGACUCGGGUUCACUCAGUCUUUGA